AUCCUGGCCCACGUCCGCCUUGUGCUCUGCAGGCUGGGGUGACGCGUGAAACCCGCAGGCGUUUUGGUGCCAGAGCCAGCGGCCGGAGUGGGGACAUCGGGGUGCCAGCCCCCAGGGCCCCCUUACACCACCCGACCCCAGCCCCAGGGAUCCCACGGCCCCCACGGCCACCCAUGCAUCGCUGAUGCUGGCAGCCACCGGAGACCGGAGCUAGAGGCAGAGUGCAGGCAGGCAGAAAGCCUGGCACAGGAGACCACUGGGUGUGGAGCCAUGAAGCUGAACGAGCGAAGCCUGGCCUUUUAUGCCACCUGCGACUCCCCGGCCGACAACGCCGGCUUCCUCUACAAGCGCGGCGAGCGGCACACGGCGUACCAUCGCCGCUGGUUCGUGCUGAAGGGCAACAUGCUCUUUUACUUUGAGGAGCGGGAGAGCCGGGAGCCAGUGGGCGUCAUCGUGCUGGAGGGUUGCACCGUGGAGCUCUGCGAUUCAGCUGAGGAAUUCGCGUUCGCCAUCCGCUUCGGUGGCACCAAGUCUCGUACCUACGUGCUGGCGGCUGAGAGCCAGGCCGCCAUGGAGUCGUGGGUGAAGUCGCUCUCACGAGCCAGUUUCGACUACAUGCGCCUGGUGGUGCGAGAGCUGGAGAAGCAGCUGGAGGAGAUGCGCUGGGGGCCGGCCGGUGGAUGCGGGGGCUGCCGGGGGUCACCCAGCUCCUGGAAGCCAAAGCCUUCAGGGCCAGAGCCGUGGCCGGAGCGGCUGCCGGCUCUGCCCACUGUCAUGCCGAAGGAGAACGGUUGUGCAGUGUGGAACAACGCGCUGGGAGCAGACCUGCCACCCAACACCUCUGGCUGCAGCGGGCACGAUAGCGAGGGGAACCCGCGGCUGCCACCACUGCCGCCGCGCAGGCGGGCAUCAAGCAGCGAGGCAGGCGGCACCGGGGCGGCUGCAGCGGAGAGCCCAUCCAUCUUCUGCCGGCUCCACGAGCGGUACGGCCAGGAGGUGGCCCGGCUGCGGCAGGACUGGCUGGAGAGGCGGCGUGGCCCCCGGCCCUGAGAGGCAGCCGAGCCCUGGGGACCCACCAGGACCUGUGGCCAGGAGGAGGUGAUCAUCCUCGGUGCUGCCUCGGUCCCCUCCUCACCCUGGGAUGUGCAGCCCUCUCUGUGGCAGUGAUGGACACCUGCUGAUGGUGCCACCAAGGGCCCAACACGGAGGGACAGCAGUGCUGCUCCGUGAUGGCGAAAUGCCAGCCCGGCACCGAUGGCAGCUGGGCUCAGUGUGCCGCCAGCCAAGUGUGAAACCUGUGGGCUUUUGGGGCUGCCAGGCUCUCGGGCAUCUCGUGCCAGGCAGCGGGUGCACCCCACCGGUCAUGCCCGGGUGUGGGUGCAGGGUGGUCCACCCAGUGCAAGCAAGCUACGAACCACUUGCUGACUGAUGCCUCCUGGGAAUCGACCACUGCUCCGGGUCUGGUGGGGCCUCUUGAUGCUCUUGCAGUGGGAUGAUGCACCGACAAUGCUUUUGGAGGAGGAUUUUGAUGGGAUCUCACCCCCCACCCUAAGCCCCCACGUGAGUGUUUCACA